AUGUUACCACGAACUUUAUGAUGUGGAGUAAAUCAGAAAACUAGCCGUUAGGCUUUUUGGUAAGAUGGAGGAGAGCGCCUCUGAACACAUUAGGCACCUGACAAUUUUUUUUGUCUCCCAAAAACGAGAUUCUUUUGUUUUAGCUACAUCUCUCUCUCUCUCUCUCUCUCUCUCUCUCACACACACACACACACACACACACACACACACACAUCUUCACGUGCCACCAUUACAGUAACCUCUAGCUCUCACUACAAAAUCUUGACACAGCUGUUCCUUCUACUGUUUCACUCCAUAGCUAUAUCACACACAACAGAAGAAAACCUUAUCCUAUCUCUUAACCCUUUCUUCUUAUUCUUUUUCAAUCACUCGUGUAUUUCCAUUUCCACAAUUUCUGAGUUCUUAUGGAGGGUCAAAAUCAAAUUUCCCACUGUUUUUACAGACACCCAUUUCACAUUCUUCAUUUUUUGAUCCGCAUUUCUGAUAAGAAGAAGGAAAAAUGGAAGAUUCGAUCCUACCCUUUUCAUCUCUUUAGGUUCUCGAACAUUUUCUUGUUUCUUCAGCUACUGAGUUUUGCUGUUCAACCUGUUUCGAGCCAAGAUUGGGAUGGUGUAAUUGUAACUCAAGCAGACUACCAAUCACUCCAAGCCUUCAAACACGAACUGAUUGACACCAGAGGGUUCUUGCGGAGCUGGAAUGACAGCGGCUACGGAGCAUGUUCCGGUGGUUGGGUUGGGAUCAAAUGUGCUCAGGGACAAGUCAUUGUGAUCCAGCUUCCAUGGAAAGGACUUGGUGGGCAAAUCACUGAAAAAAUAGGGCAGCUUCAAGCGCUUCGAAAGCUCAGCCUCCAUGAUAAUCUCAUCACAGGUUCAGUCCCUUCGAGUUUGGGGUUCUUACCCAAUCUCAGAGGGGUUCAAUUGUUCAACAAUCGGCUCUCAGGUUCAAUCCCUCCAUCAUUAGGUUCUUCUCCUCUGCUUCAGACUCUAGACCUUGGUAACAAUUCACUCACCGGGACAAUCCCGGCUGGUCUUGCAAACUCUACUAAGCUUUUUAGGCUCAAUGUCAGCUUCAAUUCGUUAUAUGGUUCAAUCCCAAGUAGUCUCACCAGCUCACCUUCCCUUGUUUUUCUUGCUUUUCACUAUAACAACCUCUCUGGUCCCAUUCCAGACUCUUGGGGUGGAAGUGGGAAUAGCUUAUUCAAACUUCAGUCCUUAACCCUUGAUCAUAACUUCUUUUCUGGAACCAUUCCUGCUUCUUUUGGCAAGUUAAGUGAGCUCAAUGAGCUUUCACUUAGUCACAACCAAUUGAGUGGGACAAUACCAAGUGAAAUAGGGAAGCUCUCCAGGCUUGCAACUUUAGACCUUUCUAACAAUGCUAUCAAUGGAAGCUUACCCAUUACUCUCUCCAACCUAUCUUCACUUGUAGUUUUGAACUUGGAGAGCAACAAUCUUGACAACCAAAUCCCAGAAACUCUGGACAAACUACACAACCUUUCAGUUCUCAACUUGAGAGAGAACCAUUUUAGUGGUCACAUUCCAGACACCAUUGGCAACAUAUCCACACUCACACAACUCGAUUUAGCACGAAACAAUCUCAGUGGAGGAAUCCCUGCCUCCAUUGGUGAUCUACCCAAUCUUAAUUCCUUCAAUGUUUCGUAUAACAACCUUUCUGGUCCUGUUCCUACGCCGCUCUCUCGAAAAUUCAAUUCAAGUUCCUUUGUGGGAAACAUUCAGCUAUGCGGAUACAGUGGUUCAGCCCCAUGUCCUUCUAUAACACCUUCUCAAGGCAAUCGAGCUCCAUCUUCGGAGAAAAAACACGGUCGCAAACUGAGUACUAAAGAUGUUAUUCUCAUAGCAGCCGGUGCUCUGCUCGUAGUUUUGCUAUUAGUCUGCUGCAUUUUGCUCUGCUGCUUGUUCAGGAAAAGGGCUGCAUCAAAAGCAAAGGAUGAUGAGGCUGCAGGAAGGGCGGGGGCAGGGGCAGUGGCUGCCAGGGGCCAAAAGGGUGUCCCACCGGUGGGAGGUGAAGCUGAGGCUGGUGGUGGAGAGACCGGAGGAAAGCUUGUGCAUUUUGAUGGGCCUAUGGUUUUUACAGCAGACGAUUUGUUGUGUGCAACUGCAGAGAUAAUGGGGAAGAGCACUUAUGGAACUGUCUAUAAGGCCACAUUGGAAGAUGGUAGUCAAGUUGCAGUGAAGAGAUUGAGAGAGAAGGUCACAAAAAGUCAGAGGGAAUUUGAAGCCGAGGUCAAUGUGCUUGGGAGAAUCAGACAUCCCAAUCUUUUGGCUUUGAGGGCUUAUUACUUGGGACCCAAAGGGGAAAAGCUUCUUGUUUUCGAUUACAUGCCUAAAGGGAGUCUAGCAAAUUUCCUCCAUGCUCGCGAACCUGACACGACCAUUGAUUGGCCAACAAGGAUGAGAAUCGCGCAGGGCAUGACACGAGGCUUGUUCCACCUUCACACCAAUGAGACUAUAAUCCAUGGGAAUCUUACUUCGAGCAAUAUUCUACUUGAUGAGCACACAAAUGCAAAAAUUGCAGAUUUUGGGCUGUCACGGCUAAUGACAGCAGCUGCAAAUUCUAAUGUGAUCGCCACUGCAGGGGCGUUAGGUUACCGAGCACCUGAACUGUCCAAGCUCAAGAAAGCCAACACAAAGACUGAUGUGUACAGCCUUGGGGUGAUAAUACUUGAGCUCUUGACAGGGAAGUCUCCUGGUGAGGCAAUGAAUGGUGCGGACUUGCCUCAGUGGGUGGCCUCCAUUGUGAAAGAGGAGUGGACUAAUGAGGUUUUUGAUUUGGAGUUGAUGAGGGAUGCAUCUACAAUUGGUGACGAGUUGUUAAACACAUUGAAACUAGCUUUGCAUUGUGUUGAUCCCUCGCCAUCAACGCGACCAGAAGUUCAGCAGGUUCUCCAGCAACUGGAAGAGAUUAGACCGGAAAUAGCUACCAGUUCUGGUGAUGAUGGUGCUGGAAUCCCUUCAACAAGUGAUUGAAAGGAAUGCCAGGAGUUUGAGUCCUAAUGCAUUAGGAGGGACAACUGAGUCCUAAUUCUUUUAUUCUUGAAUUUUGAUUGUUGAGUAGUGGUUUUUUUUUUUGGUGUUUGUAAAUACAAGUUUCUUUCCACUAUUUAUUUAGAAGAUGUUCUUGUUGGAA